UAAAAAAACACACACAAAAAUCCACCCAAAAAUCACCUCGUUUCUUGUUGGUUUUUGUUUUUGGGGCUAGGCACGCUUUAGGCACCUUCUACACGACAUUAUUGAAACCGGACAGAUGCAAACAUGUCGCUACCAAACGAACAUCAGACAGAGCAACACAACCAGAACAUACCAUCCACAACAAUACCAAUACCAAUACCAUCCACAACAACAUCCACACCAAAACCAAAUGAGCUGAAACUGCGACAAAGAUCAACAACGACAACGACGAAUAACCUCUCGCCGCUCAAUGUGCGACGACUCUCAGGCUAUACAAAUCCGCAAUUGGAUCCCAAUGCUGCCGAUGGCGAACCAACAACAACAACAACAACAACAGCUGGAUCAGGAUCGACAACAGCAACACAUUCCUCCCCGCCAUCGACAACAAUAAACAUGUACAAUAACAAUAAUAAUAAUAAUAAUAAUAAUAGUAAUAAUAAUUAUAAUAAUAAUAAUGAUAAUAAUACAAAUAACAAAAAUACAAAUACAAAUGCAUCACCAUCACCGUCAUUAUACUCAACACCACCAAUAUACCAACAACAAAUGUCCACAUUGACAACAACAACACCCUUAGAUGUCGCUGCGGAUGAUAAAUACAAACUAUUCACAAUUUACAAUGGAAACGACGACCACACAGACAAUGAAAAAUUGUCCGGCUUACCGCCACAUUCAACAACUGGUUCACUAAGCUCAAUCAUCACGACGUCCAUAGCAUCCUCCGAACCCGAUCCUGGUGCGGCAAGUGGUGGCGGCGGCGGUGGCGGAGUUGGUGGUGGCAGCGGCGGCGGCGGCGGUGGAGGAGGCGGCAGUGGUCCUGGCGGCAAUGGUUCUCAAAUCUUGGGCACAGAUGCCUCCAGCAUUGCUGGCAUCAAUGGCAGUUCCGAAGAGAAAUUGGCCCUCAAUCGACCCGGCGGCAUCAAACAAGAGAAAUGGACAACGAUUCUCCUACAAGUAUCUAUACCAUUCUUUUUGGCCGGCAUCGGUACAAUAGGAGCUGGCAUUGUUCUUGGUCGUGUCGAGAAAUGGUAUGUGUUCAAGAACGUGAGCGAAUUGUUCAUUUUGGUGCCAGCCUUACUUGGAUUGAAGGGCAAUUUGGAUAUGUGUCUGGCCUCACGACUCUCGACUCAGGUCAAUUUGGGUAAUAUGACAUCGCGCAAGGAUGUGACACGAAUGAUAGUGGGCAAUAUUGCCUUGGUGCAAGUGCAGGCGACAGUCGCCUCAUUCCUGGUGGCCAUGUUUGCGGUUAGUGUUGGCGCUGCGAUGACAGGAAAUUUCUAUUUUCGCAAUGUCAUGCUGUUGACCGCCUCAGCGAUGUUUACGGCCACCUCAUCAUGUUUUGUGCUAGACUUUGUGCUGGUUGCUGUGAUUCUAUUCUCGCAAAAGUAUCGUCUGAAUCCUGAUAAUUUGGCCACUCCAUUGGCUGCCUCCAUUGGUGAUGUGGUAUCAAUUAGUUUGCUGUCAUUUAUUGCCUCGCUGCUCUACGAGCAUAUCGAAACGCAUCUUUGGAUAACAUUUAUUGUGGUUACCUGCUAUUUGGUCCUAUUGCCCAUGUGGGUGGUCAUUGUCCUGAAGAAUGAGUUUACUCGUCCCGUAUUAAAGAGCGGCUGGGUGCCCGUACUCUCUGCCCUCUGCAUAAGCGGUUUGGGUGGUCUUGUGCUCGAUGCUGCUGUUGAGGUGUUCAAUGGUUUCGUGGUCUUUCAACCGAUCAUUAAUGGCAUUGGCGGCAAUCUGGUAUCGGUGCAGGCCAGCAAAAUAUCAACUAUGCUGCAUCAGAGCUCAAUUAUUGGCAUUAUACCACCGCAUACAAAGAUCUGGGAAUGGCCCUGGCGGGCACUUUUCAAGGGUGUGCCCUAUGCUAAAACGGCAAGGAUACUCAUUGCCAUGUCCAUACCUGGCAAUGUGCUAUUCAUUUUUGUCGCUGACUAUAUAAAUAUGAACACAUCGACGAUAUCAUGGGUAUUUGUGCUCGCCUAUCUGACGGCCAGUUUAAUACAGGUAAUGCUGUUGCUUUAUAUUGCUCACAUUAUCGUGCAUGCCAUGUGGAAAUGGAAAAUCGAUCCGGAUAAUUCGUCUAUUCCAUAUUUAACUGCAUUGGGUGAUCUAUUGGGCAGCAGUUUACUUGCCUUGGCCUGGCUAUUUACCAUGUCUGUGAAUAAACAAUACGGUGCCGGUUUAGAAACAUUAAAUGCCCCCAACUAAACAAACACACACACACACACACAUACACACAGAGAGAAAACCAAUCCAUAUAGCCUAGAAAAAGAUAUAGCCACUUUUUGGUCUAUAAACUUUUUUUUUUGGAUUUUCAUUAUUGUCCCUUAGUUAGCAACUAAAUGAAAAGACAAAACAAAUGCAAAUUUAAAAUGCAGCCACACACACACACACACA